UCUUGGAAUUGAAACCAAUCAAUCUCUAAUGGCUUCCACUUAUCGUGACCGCACGUCGGAGUUCCGGUCAUUGUCUGAGACUCUGAAGAAGAAGAUUGCGCCGGGGCCGCCCCCAAAUCAACCCGAAAAUGCUCCCUCUACAUCCCAUUCCAGAUCCGAAUUCAACCGGAAAGCCUCACGAAUCGGGUUGGGAAUCCAUGAAACCUCUCAGAAAAUUGCGAGGCUCGCUCAGCUGGCGAAGAAAUCAUCCAUGUUUAAUGAUCCGAUUGUGGAGAUACAAGAAUUGACAGCUUUGAUUAAGAACGACAUAACGGCGUUGAACUCAGCUCUUUCGGAUUUGCAAACAAUUCAGAACAUGGGUAUAGCUGAUGGCAAUUACUCGGAUGAUAUGAUUGUGCAUUCAACUGCAGUUUGUGAUGACUUGAAGAACAAGCUUAUGGGGGCCACAAAGAACCUUCAAGAUGUAUUGACUACUAGGACAGAGAAUAUCAAGGCUCAUGAGAAUAGGAAACAGAUAUUUUCCAAGAAUGCAUCGAGAGAGAACCCUUUCCAGCAUCCGAUGAAGCCAGCCACCGAGCCUCCUCCUUGGUCAAAUUCAUCAAAUGCAUCUGAGGAUUUGCAACAAACAUCAGCAUCACCGUCAAAUGGAGUUCCAGUUGGAAAUCAACUCAGACGAAGGUUAGCUGUGGAUAACACUCCAUCCCAGCAAAUGGAAAUGUCUAUGGUACAGCAGGUUGUUCCUCGGCAAGAAAAUUAUGCUCAAAGUCGGGCAACUUCUCUGCACAAUGUGGAGUCUACUAUCACAGAACUUAGCGGGAUCUUCACGCAUUUGGCUACGAUGGUUGCCCAUCAAGGGGAACUAGCUAUCAGGAUUGAUGACAACAUGGAUGAGUCAUUGGCUAAUGUUGAAGGAGCUCACAGCUCUUUAUUGAGGCAUCUCAAUCAAAUAUCAUCAAAUAGGUGGCUUCUAAUCAAGAUAUUUGCCGUUCUUAUACUUUUCCUGAUGAUCUUCAUAUUCUUUGUGGCCUAAUACUCAAAUAAGCCAAUCAUGGAAGUUUGUCUUCGUGGCUUACUUGGAUCGUCUUCCUCCUUCUGUGGAGGCAAAAAUGCACAAGCUGCUAAAUGAAGAGUUAUACAUGUGACGGAUGUGUUCUAUUUGAAUGUAAAAAGCUCCGUGAUCUGUAAACUUUUGCAUUCCCUAUUCUGUUGCUUGGCAAUCACUAUAGGUGUUAUUAAAAUUUUCAUUGAAAUCUCCCUAUUCUGUUUAGGAGUUUUCAAUGCAGAUUAAGCAAGUUGAGUUAGAAAUAUACGAGUGCUUGGUAAACUGAUACAGAAUCAGAGUGUCGUUGUGGAAGGUGAGGGGUUUUUUAAGAUGCAAAAUGAGGAAGAGAGAGAAAAGACAAUGUUUCUUUAUUGUAGUGCAUCUAUUGCCACAUGCCUGUAAGUUACCGAAUUUGUGGUAACAUAGUAGAAGUCCUUUGUUCGGUUAC